UUCUUUUGCCAGCAACGACGACAUCGUCAGCACGACCACCGCCGUCCGCACCGCCGCCGGCCUAGACUCUGGAGACAAGGCGAUGGUGAAGCACAGCGGCACCUACAACAACGCCAUGUCCCGUGAAGUCUCCUUUUCGCGCGACAACCACGACAAGCUCUACGUUCCGCCGCGGCGGGACGCGCCUAGCUUUGGCUACGACGUCAGCGUCGCGUCAUACAGCCACAGCCAGCGCUACGACGACGGCGGUGGCUACGGUUACGACGACGACGACGACUGUGAGAUCGAGGUGAGGAUCGGAAAGCCUGUCAGCAUCUCCGGGCUGUUUAAGUACUCGACACCGUUAGACAUCCUCCUCCUCGUUCUCGGGUGUGUUGGUGCCACAAUCAACGGUGGCUCACUUCCCUGGUACUCGUAUCUGUUCGGGAAUUUCAUCAACAAGGUUGUCAACGCCGAUAAGGCACAGAUGAUGACGGAUGUCAAACAGAUCAGCUUUUACAUGGUGUUCCUUGCUGCAGUAGUUGUGAUAGGGGCCUAUCUUGAGAUCACGUGUUGGAGGAUCAUUGGCGAGAGGUCGGCGCUCCGCAUACGACGGGAGUACCUAAAGGCGGUGCUGAGGCAAGAGAUUGGGUUCUUCGACACGGAGGUCAGCACGGGCGAGGUGAUGCAAAGCAUCUCCAGUGAUGUCGCUCAAAUCCAGGAUGUCAUGGGAGAGAAGAUGGCAGGCUUUGUGCAUCACGUCUUCACCUUCAUCUUCGGUUACGCGGUCGGCUUCACCAAAUCAUGGAAGAUUGCUCUUGCGGUCUUCGCUGUCACACCUCUCAUGAUGUCCUGCGGCAUCGCCUACAAGGCCAUCUAUGGCGGCCUCACCGCCAGGGACGAGGCAUCAUACCAACGUGCAGGCAGCGUGGCCCAGCAGGCGAUCAGCUCGAUCCGGACUGUCCUCUCCUUUGUGAUGGAGGACCGGCUGGCUGACAAAUACGCUGAGUGGCUGAACAAGGCAGCACCAAUCGGUAUAAAGAUGGGCUUCGCCAAGGGCGCAGGUAUGGGCAUGAUCUACCUAGUAACUUACUCCCAGUGGGCUCUGGCGUUGUGGUAUGGCUCGGAGCUGGUUGCCAAGGGCGAGAUCAAAGGUGGCGACGCCAUCGCCUGCUUCUUCGGUGUCAUGGUCGGAGGAAGAAAUGUUUCUUUUGCUGAUGCCUUGGAAUCUGGCAACGUUGUGCGCAGGGGUUUGGCGUUAUCGCUAUCCUACUACGCCCAGUUCGCGCAGGGGACGGUGGCGGCAGGGCGAGUCUUCGAGAUCAUCGACCGGGUGCCGGAGAUUGACGCAUACGAUAGUGGCGGUCGCAUGUUGUCGACAGUAAGGGGGCGGAUCGAGUUCAAGGACGUGGAGUUCACGUACCCGUCACGGCCGGAGGCCAUCAUCUUGUACAACCUGAAUCUUACCAUCCCCGCUUCCAAGAUGCUGGCGCUUGUUGGUGUCAGCGGAGGGGGAAAGUCCACUAUGUUCGCGCUCAUCGAAAGGUUCUACGACCCGACGCGAGGGACGAUUAUGUUGGACGGCCAGGACCUGCCAUCCCUAAAUCUUAGGUGGCUGCGCUCGCUGGUCGGCUUGGUCGGACAGGAGCCCAUCCUAUUUGCCACCUCCAUCAUAGAGAACGUGAUGAUGGGGAAGGAGAACGCGACGAGGCAAGAGGCCAUCGCGGCCUGCACCAAGGCCAAUGCUCACACCUUCAUCCUGGGCCUGCCAGAUGGCUAUGAUACACAGGUUGGCGACCGUGGGACCCAGCUGUCAGGCGGGCAGAAGCAGCGGAUCGCGCUCGCGCGUGCAAUCAUCCGGGACCCGCGCAUCCUGCUGCUGGAUGAGCCCACCAGCGCCCUGGACGCCGAGUCUGAGGCUCUGGUGCAGAAGUCUAUUGACCACCUUUCAGCCGGACGCACCGUGGUAGUCAUUGCCCAUCGCCUCGCCACCGUCCGCAAUGCUGACACCAUCGCCGUGCUGGACCGUGGGGCCGUGGUUGAGUCUGGCCGCCACGCUGAUCUGAUGGCUCGGGGCGGUCCAUACGCUGCCCUUGUGAAGCUCGCAUCAGACAGUGGCAGGUCCGACACCUCUGCAGAGCCCAGCAAACCAGCUGCCGCCGGCACGGAUAUGCACAACAGUUUCACCGAUGAGUCAGGGUAUGAGAUGUCCAUGAUGUCCAAGUCACGGCACCGUGUUCAGACGAUCCACGAAGAGGCAAGCCCGAAGGAUGAUGCUAGUGCAAAGUUCAGUGUCUCAGAAAUAUGGAAGCUGCAGCGGCGGGAAGGCCCCUUGCUGAUCUUGGGUUUUCUGAUGGGCAUAAAUGCUGGAGCUGUGUUCUCGGUGUUCCCGCUACUUCUGGGCCAGGCCGUCGAGGUGUACUUCGAUGCCAACACGUCAAAGAUGAAGCGGCAGGUGGGCUAUCUGGCGGUUGCCGUGGUUGGUCUAGGCGUGGCUUGCAUCCUGACCAUGACAGGGCAGCAGGGUCUGUGCGGAUGGGCGGGUGCUCGGCUCACCAUGCGUGUCCGUGACCGCCUCUUCCGCGCCAUCAUGAAGCAGGAGCCAGCGUGGUUCGAUGAGGAAGACAACGCCAUGGGUGUCCUAGUGACACGGCUUGCGCGGGACGCCAUCGCGUUCCGGUCCAUGUUCGGAGACAGGUACGCCGUGCUCUUGAUGGCUGUGGGCUCAGCCGGUGUGGGACUCGGCAUAUGUUUCGCGCUGGACUGGCGAUUGACGCUUGUCGCCAUGGGCUGCACGCCGUUGACGCUUGGUGCCAGUUAUCUCAACCUGCUCAUCAACGUCGGUCCAAAGUCGGACGAUGGCACGUACGCAAGGGCCAGCAGCGUUGCCGCUGGCGCCGUGUCCAACGUGCGCACGGUGGCUGCUCUCUGCGCCCAGGGCAACAUCGUCCAAUCCUUCAACCGGGCACUCGAUGCCCCCAUGUCCAAGGCACGGAGGAGGUCACAGAUCAUGGGCAUCAUCCUCGGGCUGUCCCAAGGCGCCAUGUAUGGCGCCUACACGGUGACACUUUGGGCUGGUGCUCUCUUCAUAAAGAGAGACGAGUCCAAAUUCGGUAACGUGUCAAAGAUCUUCCUCAUCCUUGUGCUAAGUUCCUUCUCUGUUGGCCAACUGGCUGGCCUUGCCCCCGACACAUCUGGCGCACCAGCGGCCAUCGCGGGCAUACUGUCCAUAUUGAAGCGUCGCCCAACGAUCAACGAGGAUCCUACCAAGCGGCGAGCAAUCAAAGAUGGGAGGCCCAUUGAUGUGGAUCUGAAGAAUGUGACGUUUGCAUACCCAUCGCGUCCAGGUGUGACAGUGCUGAAUGGAUUCUCAAUGCGUGUGAAGGCAGGGAGCACCACUGCAGUGGUUGGUGCCAGUGGUAGCGGGAAGUCCACAGUGGUGUGGUUGGUACAACGAUUCUACGACCCGGUGGAUGGGAAAGUGAUGGUAGGCAGUAUUGAUGUACGGGAACUGGACCUCAAGUGGCUUCGAGGGGAGUGUGCGAUGGUGGGCCAGGAGCCGGCCUUGUUCACUGGGUCCAUAAGAGAGAACAUUGGGUUCGGCAACCAAAAAGCUUCUUGGGCUGAAAUUGAAGAUGCAGCCAAGGAGGCCAACAUCCAUAAGUUCAUUGCUGGGCUUCCCAAUGGCUACGAUACUCAAGUUGGAGAGAGUGGGGUCCAAUUGUCAGGGGGUCAGAAGCAGAGGAUCGCAAUUGCACGAGCAAUCGUCAAGCAAUCCAGGAUACUACUUCUGGACGAGGCUAGCAGCGCGUUGGAUCUUGAAUCCGAAAAGCAUGUGCAGGAAGCACUCAGGAAAGUCUCACGACGUGCAACGACUAUCGUGGUAGCACACCGCCUCUCCACUGUUCGUGAAGCCGAUCGCAUUGCUGUUGUGGACAACGGAAGGGUCAUCGAGUUCGGAAGCCACGACGACCUUCUAGCGAGCCAUCGUGAUGGUUUGUACGCCGCCAUGGUUAAGGCAGAAGUGGAAGCGCAAGCGUUCGCCUAGAAAAUACUCUUGCUGCCUGUAAUUUCAGCAAUUUGCUCAUAAUGAUGAUUGUAACGACCUGCCCGAGAUAACGGCUAAAAUCUACUCUAUAUUUUGAGUAAACCACACCUGCUAAAUAACUCUCUUGCGCUUUCGUCCUCGCUUCGC